UAGAUGGAUGUAGUCAAACCAUCAAAGAACUGGCAGUGUGGGACUGGAACUGGUUAAAAACAUCAAGGUUUUACACACACACAAAAAUAAAUGAUAUUUCAGGAGACCGAUAAAUAUAAUGUAUGACCAGAACAUUUAAUGUCUUUAUUUUGCUCACUGCUACUGUAACUCGACACAUUGUAUCAGCUUCUGCAUUGCUGUAACUCGAUACUAUCAUUGAAACAAUGUAUGAAAUAUAUUUUUUGGCUUUCAAUUAAACCAAACGGUAGGGUGGAGGGUGAGGCCCUCUGCUGGAUGGAAUGCACACAUCAGAGCUAAACAUUUACAAUGAAGAACUUCAUGAAUAGGGAGACACUCCUCUUUAAUUGAUAUCACCUCUCUUCAUACUGUAUGUGUAGUAACUACUGUUUAAUGAUCAACCCCGACAAAAAAUAUCACCGUGUAUUGGGCUUUUUUUGGACACGAUAUUAUUUAAUGUGUACAAAUGUAGUUGAAGGUAUUGUACAGAUAAGUGAAAGGGCCAAAUUGAGGCAACUCCCGCCCUGUUUUACAUUAGUACACAUCGUCACUUUUGUUUAGAUAUUGUCUACUUUGCUAUGGAAACCUUGUUUUUUUUUCUAAAAAUGUGCUAGUCCCUGUCAGUUGUCUCGGUUGCUGUUAGGCUACGUGAUCUGUCCCUAACUCCAUUCUCUAUUUGUGUUCUUCCUUGUGCUGCCAAGCCCCUGACGUAAUGCUUCGUGUUAAUUAUUCGCAUAUGGAAAGCAAUGCUGAGACUCGCCUCUGGUAAAACAAGAGGAGCCUAACUGUAGGGAGAAUAGUUAGUCAAGAUGGCAAAACACACAGAUCCGGAGUGAAGGGGCACCGCUCCCCGUCCCGCGACCAACACAACCGAUACAACUGUGCCUAGAAGUCUAAGGGGGAUCCCUGUGGAAAAUGGCAACAAGGGUAACACUGGUGUGACAGUGCAGGAAGAAAGCUGACUCUCCCGUCUGUUAACCCCCGCCCUUUGGCAGAUGCACCUAGGAGAGCACCUUGCUCCCCUCAAGCUGAAGCUACACUUGCAAUGCUAAAAGCCCGGAUGAUGAUAUGCCACUUGAACUGAGCACACCUACUGCUGUUUCCUCAACAUCAACAACAGAAACAGGCAAAGGGAAGAGCACAACCAACCCGAGAAAGGGCGGUCACUCUAACUGGUUUCCCCAUUCUGCUUCGUGCCUGUCCCCCAGACCAUGAUGUUUCGCGACCAGGUGGGUGUCCUGGGAAGCUGGUUUAAGGGAUGGAAUGAGUGUGAGCAGACGGUGGCUCUGCUGUCGCUGCUGAAGCGGGUGUCGCGGACCCAGGCCCGUUUCCUGCAGCUGUGUCUGGAGCACAGCCUGGCCGAAUGCACCGAGCUCCACGUGUUGGAGGGGGAGGCCAAUAACCCAGUGGUGAUCAGCCAGUGGCAGGGCGAGCCCAAGGAGCGCGUCAUCUCCCUGGUCCUCACCCACCUGCCCCUGCUCAAGCCGGGCAACGUUGAAGCCAAGGGCGAGUACAUGCGCCUCCUCCCCCGCAUCCUGGCGCACACCAUCGACCAUGGCCGCCACCUCGAAGAGUCACGGCAGCUCCUCUCCUACGCCCUCAUCCACCCGGCCACCUCGCUGGACGACCGCGCCGCCCUCGCCCUCUGGCUCAACCACCUGGAGGAGCGCGCCGCUGCCCGGGGUGACUCGUUGGAACGGCCACCCCCUGCCCCGGCCUCACUCCAUCAGACACCCCCCUCGACACACUCUUUGUCGGGGUCCAGUUGGAGUUCCUCAGGGAGCCACCUGGGUCAGCUGUACCACCACCAGCGCUACGGCUCGGAUGAUAGGCUCAACGGCUGGCAGGGGUCCAGGGACUCGGGAUUGGGCAGUGGUUGGCACCAACAGCAGCAUGGGCAUGGAGGGUGUGAGAAUGGCGGGCACCUGGCACUCUACCCGUCCUCCUCGGUGCCUGGGAGUAUCAACACUGUUGGCACAGGCGGCAGCAUCCUGUCCGGCGGUGGCGGCGGGCAGCACAGUCCCCUGAAGCGCUCGGUGUCCCUCACCCCCCCGAUGAGCGGCUGCUCCUUGGCCAGUUCCUCCUCCUUGUCGGGCGGCCAAGCCCUGGGCCUGGGUCAUGGUUGGAUCUCCCAGGAGGACCUACGCGGUCCCCGGGGAGGAGGAGGGCUGGGGCUGGCCCCCACCGACCCUCACCACGCUCCCCUCUCCCCUCAGAGCAGCGUAGCGUCGUCGGGCAGCGGCGGCAGUGAGCACCUGGAGGAUGGAGGAGGCUUGCACCGCAGCAGCACAUUCCACGAGGAGGGCAGCUGCAUGAGGGUCUUUCCCUUAGAUUAUUGUCCAGGCGUGGCGCAAAGGCCCCCAAAGCAACAUCCAGGCCCUCUGGGGACCAACAGAGUUGGGCAGGGGGGCCUGCCCCAGCUUUACAAUGAUGUGCCAGCCUGGUUGAAAAGCCUCCGUCUCCACAAAUAUGCGGCGCUCUUCUCCACCAUGACUUAUGACGAGAUGAUGUCACUGACCGAACAGCAGCUGGAAUCACAGAAUGUCACCAAAGGGGCACGGCACAAGAUAGUGAUCAGCAUUCAGAAGCUGAAGGAGCGUCAGAAAAUGCUGCGUUGCCUAGAGAAGGAUGUGUUGGAGGGCGGUAACCUGCGUGGCCCUCUCGCCGAGCUCCACCAGAUGAUCCUGACGCCCAUCAAGGCGGUGGCCAGCGAUGAGUCGUCCCCCAGCUCGCCCUCCUCGACCGCACACAGGCCCCUGUUGAGCCCAGAGGUGAAGAGCAGUGCCGCCCCGGGAGGAGGGGAGGGGGAGACGGGGACCACACUCAUCGCCGAGGGGGACAUCCCCGGCCAGUUCACCCGCGUCAUGGGCAAAGUUUGCACACAGCUCCUGGUGUCCAGGCCCGACGAAGAGAACAUCAACUCCUACCUGCAGCUCAUUGACAAGUGCCUUCUUCACGAGGCAUUCACAGAGACUCAGAAGAAGCGACUGUUGUCCUGGAAACAACAGGUGCAGAAGCUGAUCCGCUCCUUCCCCAGGAAGACCCUCUUGGACAUGGCCGGCUACCGGGCACAGAGGAGCAGCAGCAGUAGCCGUGGCUUCAGCCAGUCCAAUUCUCUCCCCACGGCGGGCUGCGUGGGGGGCAGCAGCAGUGUGUCGGCGGCCCGUCGCAGCCUGCGCCAGUUCCAGAUGCCCUCUCGGAGCCUGCCCGGCGCCAGGCUGGGCCUGCUGGGACCCACGCCACACAGCGCCAGCAGCACCCCCACUGGCCUCAAGCAGGGACGACAGGGUCUUUGGUUCGCCAACCCCGGGGGCAGUAACAGCAUGCCAAGCCGAACACACAGCUCAGUGCAGAGGACCCGCUCCCUGCCUGUCCACACCACGCCACACACCAUGGUCAUGUUCCAGCAGUCUGAUCUCCAGGUGCCGGUGACUGAACCAGACAUCAACAACCGGCUGGAGUCUUUGUGUCUGAGUAUGACGGAGCACGCUCUGGGAGAUGGAGUCGACCGCACUUCCACCAUCUGAGAGGAGGACCUGAAGGAGACCAGGAGAGACUGAGCUGGUCCCAGGAGGCUCGCCGAACACCCAAAGCCCCCCCACCCCACCCCCCCACACACACACACACACACACACACCCCACCUGCCCAUCAGGCACCCCCACAGCCAAUGGGAGAGGUCAACUGGGGAGGUGGGCGAGCUCCAAAUCACGGCACGAUUAGUCAGACUGUGAAAAACUGCUAACACAGCAGCAAAUUGGCAUGUUACCAUCUCGACAAAACACAGCUAUGCCCCAGCACCCUCAUAAGAAUCUGGGCUUCAGUGACAGAUAGGGCAGUACAGACUCCCCUCCUCACAGUGUCGCACCCAGUAUAACUACACACAACAGUGUCUGAGGAGUGCCCUCUGCCGGGCUAUGGGAGAUAUACUGUAGCAUCAUUGGGGUCGGCCUCAGCCAACAACCGAAUGGCUCUGUUGAAAUGGGGGGGCUGUGCAUUAUGGGUAUUGUAGUACAUCAUGCUACAGAGUUUCAGACUCUGUUCCCUUCUCUACCCUCACCCCCAGUCCCAGUUAUAGACCAGUAACACAAUCCACACAGCAGUUCACACCAGUCAGAAUUUCUCCCGGUGUCACUGAGCCAAAAACAAACAAGCCAAGUAAACAAUGUGGGACACUUUGUGAGAGAAGCCUUGGCUUUUCCUCCCACUGUUUGGGAGAGUUUUAGGGAGGCCAUUUUUCAAAAGGCUUGGGAGAACCCUGUGCUCUGUAUAGGUGACAGAAAAAAAGCAUUUAUACAUGUAUUGUUUACACAAGAUGCUACUAUCAAGGGUACCGAAACAUUUAUACAUUUCAGGUAUGAAUGUUAUCUCUUGAAUUUUUUUUAUAACUUUUUGGAAAGCAGUGACAUACUACCCGUACUAGUCGCUUUAUAGACUAACAUCCCAAAGUAGCUAUCAUUAUUACCACGGACUUAUUCAUUGUUUGUUUGUUUUUGCUUUUGUUCCUUUACCAAGAGCCAACGUGUGUGAAAAUGAGAACGCUAAAAAGAGAAAGGGAUGUGGCGGAGGUGUAUUGAAGGAAAAGAGAGACACGAGGAGAGAUGGGAGGAGGGGAAAUGAAAGUGGAGAAACACAGGAUGGUCUCUGCCAAGUGAUUUGGAAGGAGAAGAGGACUUUAGCGAUGAUGGAUUCAUGUCAGGGGCAGGGACUUUGAUUUGAAACGAGACAAAAGAAAAUAGCCUCGCAGAGUUGUGGUAAAGUUCAGGGUAAACUCAUCUUAUACACCAGCCAAUGACAUAUUAUAUAUACACACACACGUGUGUGUGUAUAUAUGUGUAUAUAUAUCUAUGUUUAUCUAUAUAUAUACCUAUAUAUAUCUAUAUACAAAACUAUGUAGAUGAUGAUGAUAAUGUUGUAAAUGACUAUUGUAGCUGGAAAAAGCUGAUUUUUAAUGGAAUAUCUACAUAGGCGUACAGAGGCCUAUUAUCAGCAACCAUCACUCCUGUUCAAUGGCACGUUGUGUUAGCUAAUCCAAGUUUAUCAUUUUAAAAGGCUAAUUGGUCAUUAGAAAAAACCAUUUUGCAAUUUGUUAGCACAGCUGAAAACUGUUGUCCUGAUUAAAGAAGCAAUGAAACUGGCCUUUAGACUAGUUGAGUAUCUGGAGCAUCAGCAUUUGUGGGUUCGAUUACAGGCUCAAAAUGGCCAAAAACAAAGACCUUUCUUCUGAAAUUCUUUGGUCUAUUCUUGUUCUGAGAAAUGAAGGCUAUUCCAUGUGAGAAAUUGCCAAGAAACUGAAAAUCUCAUACAACGCUGUGUAUUACUCCCGUCACAGAACAGCUCAAACUGGCUCUAACCAGAAUAGAUAAAGGAGUGGGGGCCCCGAUGCACAACUGAGCAAGAACAUUAGUGUCUAGUUUGAGAAACAGACGCCUCACAAGUCCUCAACUGGCAGCUUCAUUAAAUAGUACCCACAAACACCGGUCUCAACGUCAUCAGUGAAGAGGCGACUCCGGGAUGCUGGCCUUCUAGGCAAAGUUCCUCUGUCCAGUGUCUGUUCUUUUGCCCAUCUUAAUCUAUUCUUUUUAUUGGCCAGCCUGAGAUAUGGCUUUUUCUUCAACUCUGCCUAGAAGGCCAGCAUCCCAGAGUCGCCUCUUCACUGGGGUUUUGUGGGUACUAUUUAAAGAAGCUGUCAGUUGAGAACUUGUGAGGUGUUUCCAGCUACAAUAGUCAUUUACAACAUUAACAAUGUCUGCACUGUAUUUCUGAUCAAAUUGAUUUUAUUUUAAUGGACAAGAAAUGUGCUUUUCUUUCAAAAACAAGGACAUUUCUACGUGACCCCAAACUUUUGAACGGUAGUGUGUAUGUAUGUGUGUAUAUAUAUAUAUUUUUAAUUGUUUUUAUUUUGGCCUUUGUACCUGCAGACUAUGCAUUGAAAGUUGCUGUUCAUUUGCUUGGGCUUUGUCUGGAGCAAAGUUCCUGUAACAGGUGUACAAUGUUGUGUGACCUAGUCUAUAAUUAGAGCUCGUCAGUGUGGGUCUGGAGUAUUUUCAAUGGGUUUUGUUGUGAACUAGAAUGAGGAUUACUUGUUUGUUUUCAGUCCAGGGUAGAUGAUAUAGCGCUGCAUGUUUUAUGCUAUACGCUUCCAAUCUUACUAGGAAGUAAGAGACGAAUCAAGGAGGAAGGAGAGAAUGCUAACCAGUGAUGUACACAGAGGAGAAUCAGGAAGUAGCCAUAGUGAAUGAGAAGGUUGCUGCGGAGGUUUCCUUUCCCUCAAGCAGCAUAGCAAGGGUUUAAAAGUAGUUUUACUCCCCGAGAUUGCUCUUUUUUUUAGUACUUACCUCCACCUGGUGGCCAAAAGCAGUUACCGACAUCCAGGCACUUUGAUUUCUUGUUGUUUUUUUAGUUUUUCUAUGUAUCCUCUGUUCGUUGUUAUCUGCAUGACCGAGGGUAGGUUAAUGUUAAAAUAAGCUCUUAAAAGUUUAGUUUAUAACAGUUUGGCUCUGUAUGGGUUUUUUGUGCAUGGAAGGUCAUGCUGAUGUUUUUUGCCUGAAUGGACAUCCUGGUUGGUUUUUCCCAAGUUGGAAUCAAUUUGGAGCGAUUCAAAAUCGUGUUUUUGUGAGGGUUAUUUUGUAUUUUUUUAUUCUUAAAAAGAGUCUUGUUUUCUUGUUCUGCACUUGGUGCCGUGAUAUUUUACUACAGCUAAUCCAUCAAUAACAAUUCCAAUAGGUGCAGCAAUAGAAAUGCCAAGUAUGUGCCAUAGACCUUCAUCAGUGGGGAGAAGCAAAGGGUUUGGAAAGGGAAAGUUCAGUGUUUUGCAGUUCAGAGAAAGGGAGGUGAACUCGAGUCGUGAAAUGAAACAAGCUUCAUGCCAAAUGCACCCUUUCUCGCCGGCGGAGAACCCCCCCCCCCCCCCUUCUCUGCCACAAGAACUACAGCCCACUCCCCUAGUGCACAUUGAACUGAAGUUCUUGGACUGAACCAUAUUGUCAAAAGGUAGGGUUGACAACUGACAACCUCACCUAAUCAAACCUAUAAACUGUUAAUGACAAAAUGUCACCAGCCUUUUCAGUCAGCCAUACGUCACUGCUUCAGGAAGUGCGCUCACUAAAAACGCAUGGCCUUAACUGGGACGGCGAAUGGUGCAUAAUGCAUGAAUUGGCAUUGACCCUUUUGUGGCGUGGCUUUGGAAAAUAUUUAGUGGCAGCAUUACAAUAUGUAUUGUUACACCGAUGCAAUGUGCAUCAGUGCAUACACAGUACAUGGUAGUUAGAGCCACUUGCCACUGCCAUAUAAAUCAAUACUAUUAUUAGCAGAUUCAAAUCAUUAUUUAUUUUUUAUUUUUUUCUAUUACUGUUGCAGAGUUGAUUUAUUGUGUUCAUUUAGAUGUAUUAUUUAAAGUACCAUAUGUAUUAACUUACGAUGGCUGGUGACCAUAAGCACAUCUCAAAUAAUAGUUAUUUUUGUUUUGAACUACAUUAUAAUCGCAAAUUGCUGUUUUUGAUAGUGGAGGAUAGACACGCAACAAGUGUCUUGGGAUUUGUGUUUUUUCUGACGCUUUGUGAAUGCUUAUCAUAUCCUGGUUGGCCAAAUGACUGAAUACUGCGUGUGCUCUUUGAUAGAAAUGUUUACCCCCUCGAUGCUCUGUUCGCAAAGUUCACUUUUUGAUCCAGCCACCAGCAAAACAAACUGGAUAGAGGGUGACAACCCUUUUGACACAUUGCCAAGAGACGUGGUUCAUCUGGGGUUAUUUGUGUGGGAUAAGGCACUUCCUACUUUGUCAGCUAAUAGACUUUUGCUAUGCGUAUUAAAGGUUCAGGGCUCGCCAUAUGGGAAUGGUCAACCAGUGCCUACUAAGCUAACCACCACCUGUGUGGUUCUUGAUGACAUCACAGUGGAAGGCUAAGCGAAGUAGCCCAUCCAUAAGAUUGGCAACAACUGCAGGGCAGGGGAUAGAGCAUGCUAGGGUGGGGAUGUACACACUCACUAGUGCCCAUGAGGUUGUGUGUUUAUAUGUAGUGUACGCUACAGUAUGUGCCUAUGAGAGAGUGAUGAGGCAGUAAACAGAAGAGGAGUCGGUGUCGUUCAUAUAUUGCUGCAGCUGUGGAUCAGACUUCGACUCCUCAAAGGGUUUAUUUUUUUAUUUACCAAAGUGCAUCCAAACUCUAUAGGGCUCCUCCCCUCUGAGAUGAGAGAGCUGCUGAACACACUGCAGUAUUAACAGUUAGAUGAUAAUAUUCCAAAUAUAUUAAAAAAAAUUUAGUGUAAAUGAAGACUUGAUGCUUUCUUUUUUUUGUCAUAGACUCUGCACAUUAGUUAAAUAUCACUUAAUUAUUCGAUGCCGAGAUUAGUUUUUUUGGGGGGGGAGGGGGGGGGUGAACUCGAAAUCAUCCAUACUGUAACAAAGUUUCUACCACGUUACUGUACUUUUUUUUUUUUUUUAUCGAAGAGCCAAUAUCCUGUAUUGACUGCAGGCUUACAUAUAUAUUUAAAAAAAAAAGUUUAUGUUUAAGAAUAAAACUCAAAAGCCCCAAAAAAAAACAAGAAAAGAAAGGGGGGGUGGGGAGUAAUUUUAGAAAUGCAUGCACAAGGCUGGGAAGUCAUAUUUUGAAUAACAAAUGGCAGUGCCUUUUUUGUACUCUAGACAUAUACCCCAAAUGUAAAUAAUUUUCUAUGGACGUUAAACUGUAAUAUUAUUACAUGAAGCAACCCAGUUAGAGCUAUGUUGACAGUUACAUGGUGGCAUCCUCCAAACUGCAUACGAGCUCCUCUAGGACACUUUGAAACUUGUCUUGUUGGUGUCAAGUUUUCAGACAAAAACAAUAUGGAACACUUGUCUUCUUCUGGCUGGCCUUGUGUUGUCAGCAGAUUUUUGGGGGUUUCUGUACUCUGUAGGUACUUUUCAAUGCUGAUAUGAAGUUAUGAAUUGUACCUGUCUGUACAACAAACAUAUGUAUAUGUUGUGUGCGAGAGAGUGUGCUUGCACAUCAUGCUGUAACUGUAAAAUACAUCUUGUCAAAUGUGCCAGAAAUGCUGAGACAUGACAUGGCCCGGUCCAAUGGAGGCUGCUGUUAUUCGGCCCUGAUGCCCGGCCAAAAGCCUGUCUCAGGUUCUGUGUUCCUGUAACUUGGCUACUUGCGUCGGGCAGGGUUUGGCUAGUGAGAGGAAGUGUAGAUGGUCAUCUGUCCUGUUCUACAUGGACCUAUGGAGACUCCUGUGUAAAUUGCCAUGUAGUCAGAAUGGGAGAGCUGUGAAGUGUGUGCGUGAAAGAUACUGAAUGUUUUGUGGGGUCUGUGUUAAAAUGCUUGACGUCUUUGUGAUAACCACAGACAAAAAAAAGAUUAAAGAAUAACUUGUAAAAUUG